GAGAGUCUAGGGCAGUAUGCAUCAGCAGAGACGUCCCACCGAAAAGCAUCGUCCUUGAGGAAGGAGGUGCUAGGGCGUAAGCAUCCACACACGCUGACGAGCAUGAGUAACUUGGCGAGAGUGCUGGAAAGCCAAGGCAACUACGAGGAGUCUUUGCGUCUGUAUCAGAGGGAAUCCACCGGAUACGACACCGUCCUUGGAAACGACCAUCCAAUCACCCUGACCUGUCAC